GCAGCAGCAGGUAGCAGCGCCGUUGCUGGCACGGAGCAGGAGGAACGCAGGAGACUGAAGGGGAAUCUGAGCACGAGGAUACCAUGGCAACCAUACUGAAUCAGGCGAAGACCGCGGUUGGGAUGGCUGCGCGGAGAGUGGGUCGAAGCUUGGACGGGAUGGGCGCAGCUCUCGAGACGCACCCCUACACCGAGAAAUUGUUGGCGUCCACAAGGAGCGUCGGGCACAAGGGCAAGAUGCCAUCGACGGCACAAGCUUCCUUCGUGGCCCCCAACGCUUCCGUCAUCGGAGACGUGAAGGUUGGCGAAGGAGCGUCCCUGUGGUACGGCUCCGUGGUCCGCGGGGACGUGAACCACGUCGUCAUCGGCGCCGGCAGCUCGGUCGGCGACUCGGCGGUAGUGCACGUUGCCGGGCUCGCGGGCGACAAGCCCACCAUCGUUGGCAGCAACGUGGUGAUUGGCCCCAGAGCUACCAUCCACGCGUGCACGCUCAAGGACGACUGCAUGGUGGGCGCGGGCGCGACGGUUAUGGAUGGGGCGACGGUGUCGAGCGGAGCGAUGGUGGCGCCGGGGGCUACCGUCUCCCCUAACAUCACGGUGCCGACCGGACAGGCGAGCAUUCCCGCAGUGUACGUUAGGGAUAUCUCCGAGCUGGAGGCCGCUUCGAUAGUCACCACGGCAGCGGAAACUCAGGCGCUGUCUCUAGCGCACGCGUCGGAGUGCGAGAAGGGGCCGCUGGAGAUCGAGCUGGACGAGCGGAAGUGGGAUGAAAAGGCCAGCCGCGACCCAGCUUACGUGUUCCAGGUGCCGGAGGAAGGGGACGACAACCUCGCCUACAACGACGUGGAAGGGCAGGGCGUCCCCGGGCGCGUCUUCAACACCAACCUGCGCUCGCCGGACGUGGAGUACGAGCCGCCCACGUACGAGGGAGACAUGGCCGCCGGCAACGACGCCGAGGAGGGCGGGAAGAUGCCUCACGCCCCCGCCGAAGCAAAAGCUUAAACACGCGCUUUGUUUAGACGCAAGCACGGGUUUGUACCACGGGGGGGACGCGGCGUGGAGCGGCACCUGGGGGGGGUUGCGUGGACGGAACGAUGGUAAUGGUACUCGUGAUCACAGGGCGCGCACUAUUAGUAAGGAGGAAAGGAGGGCGUUUCAAGGCUGCGAGGAUGUGGACUCAGCACUAGGCGUGCAUGGGCAUAGAUAUGGUGGAGCAGUAAAGGUUUAGCGGGCAGUAGCGCCCGGCGGGAUUGGAAUCAACGUCAUGGUCUCUCUCUGUCUGCCCCUUGUCUUCCGCUCGGUGGUUUUCCUCAGAUGCUGCCUCUUCGUUUUCCCGGGUCUUUUGGGGGGGGAUUGGGAGGAUGGUUGGAGCCUUUUGGCCCGAACUAUCGGGACCGAAAUCAGCGGUUCUUGGUAGAGGUGCAAAGGGGUCGUCUGCCGUGUUGAUUGCUGUGAACUUGUCGAUGGUAACCGAGUCCUGUCGAACUUGUCGUGGUAUCUGUCCUGGGCCAUGAUUCGCGGUGUCUCUGCUCAAGACUUUUCGAGACGACGUCACGUGCAAGUCUUGUGUUUGGUGCAAUUCCCGACUGGAGCUUUCCUGGCGAAAGUCGAGUUUCCUGGAAGGCACUCCAACGCCAAAUACAAAGCUCCCUUGUC